UGACAUUAGAUAAAAAAUAAAAAAAUUUGCAAAUUUUGGAAAACCGAUUUCUUUUUUGUUGAGAAUUUUUUUGUUUAUUAUUAUUUUGGCACAUGAAUAUAAGUAGAAGUAUUAAAAACUCAUUCGGAAACUUAUUGAUUGACUCAGAAACUGUACAGGAAGGAAAUAUUUCGGAAAACACUCCUUUAAUGGAUGGUCAUAUCGAAAGAAAUAUUGGCGAAUCAGGUUCCGUGCCUGCGGAUAGGCUUGGUAGAAAACGGCGAUCUCAAAAAGAAAGUCAAAGUAGUUCAAACUAUGGAGCUACAUCAAAUACAUCAUCGAAUCGAGAGGAAGCAGAUAUAAAUACUAAUAAUAUUAGAUUAAGAGCUAGUACAAAUAAUCCUAACAAUCCAAUUCGUGAAAAUAUAGCCGGACCAAGUGCACCAGGUGAUAGCAGUAAUAGAAAUCAACAAGAAGAGGAAGCAGAAGGUUUGAAGUAUGGAGCACAUCAUGUUAUAAAAUUGUUUACCCCAGUUUCAUUAUGUAUUCUGGUCGUUGUAAUUACCAUAACAAAUAUUCCAUUUUAUACUCAAAAAGAUGUUUAUCUACUGUAUACGCCAUUUCACGAGCAGUCAACUAACUAUGGAACCAAAUUUUGGAAUGCAGCGGCAAACUCUUUGAUUUUAAUAACAGUAAUAGUAAUUAUGACGGUAUUACUUAUUGUUCUCUACAAAAAAAGGUGUUAUAAAACAAUUCAUGGUUGGUUAAUACUAUCUUCAUUUAUGUUACUGUUCAUUUUCACAUUUAUGUAUUUAGAGGUGGUCUUAAAGGCUUUUAAUAUUCCUAUUGAUUACCCAACAACAAUCUUGAUACUAUGGAAUUUCGGCGUUGUGGGAAUGAUUUCUAUUCAUUGGUUAGGUCCGUUGAGGUUGCAGCAGGCAUACCUGAUUUUUGUAGCAGCCUUGAUGGCGUUAGUAUUUAUUAAGUACUUGCCCGAAUGGACAACCUGGGCUGUAUUAGCUGUUAUUUCAAUAUGGGAUCUAAUAGCUGUUUUAUCACCUAAAGGUCCUUUGAGAAUUUUAGUUGAAACGGCCCAAGAAAGAAAUGAACAAAUUUUUCCAGCUCUUAUAUAUUCGUCAACUGUUCUUUACUUUUACAUGGGUACACAUCUCACAGAGAACGAGAGUAGUACGGAAGCACGACCAAGUGUUAACGCCAAUACCUCAAACAGAGUAGUAGAAAAUCAUGUUUCAAAUCGUAAUGAUGCUGAAGGUACGCCACUUGUGAAUUUUUGUUAUCAGUUAAAUGAAACUGAUGCUGGGUUUACGCAAGAAUGGGCUUCAACAGCAAAUGAGCGAAUUAAUAGGAGGCAGGUUGAAGUACAAGCUAAUGAUUCUGGCAAUCCAAAUCGAUCAGUUGAAUAUCGUACUAUAACUCGAGAAACGAAUAAUGUUAAUCAACCAGAGCAAGAAGAAGAAAGAGGUAUAAAAUUAGGGCUCGGUGAUUUCAUAUUUUACUCUGUAUUAGUUGGGAAGGCCUCAAGUUAUGGAGAUUGGAAUACAACAAUUGCGUGUUUUGUAGGAAUACUUAUUGGUUUGUGUUUGACAUUACUCCUAUUAGCAAUAUGCAGAAAAGCAUUACCAGCACUGCCAAUUUCUAUUACAUUUGGAUUAAUAUUUUAUUUUUCUACGAGUGCAGUUGUACAACCGUUUAUGGAUAAGUUAGCAGCAGAGCAAAUAUUUAUAUAAUUUUAUAAUUUAAGUUUAAUUUUUUUUUUAAAUUAUAUCUUAUAUUAAUAGAAGAGUAGAUAGAUUUUUAUUAAAAUACUUAUUAUAUAUGUAUGUAUUAACAUACAUACAUAUAUCAAAAAAUUAAAUAACAUUUAAAUGAAAUAGCAAUUAAUUAAUAUCAAACAUGCUUUAAGUAAAUUGAAAUUAAAUAUAUUUAAAUAAAAUAUAGACACUUUAAAUUUUUAUUUUUAAUUGACGCUGAUUUUUUUAAUUUAAAAAUUUGAAGAACUAACCAUAUGAAGCAAUAACUAUUAAAAUUUAACAUCAAUUAUUUUUUUAUAAAAAAAAAUAAAUAUUAUCAUUCCUUAUUAAAAAUUUUAUUUCUAAAUUAUUUAAU